CCCUUCCGGUCACGAGAAGCGGGCCCAAUCACGGCGCGGUGUAGGCCGGUGGGCGCCGGGGCUGGGUCGAGCUGGGCAUGGCGGCGCUGCAGUUCGGGGCGGCGAGCGGAGCUGAGGAAGCGGUCUUGCCCGGGGGCAGCUUCGGCGCGGCGGACUCGUUCCCCAAAGAUUUCGGCUACGGCGCGGAGGACGACGACGAGGAGGACGAUGACGAGGCGGCCGAACUGGGCGGCGGUGGCGGUGGCGGCGGCGGGCCUGGCGGUGGCGGCGGCUGCGGGCUGGGCCCGGGUGGCGACGCUUCCAAGCAGCCGCGCAUUUUGCUCAUGGGGCUGCGGCGUAGUGGGAAGUCGUCCAUCCAGAAGGUGGUGUUUCACAAAAUGUCUCCUAACGAAACCUUGUUUUUGGAGAGUACCAACAAGAUCUAUAAGGAUGAUAUUUCGAACAGCUCCUUUGUGAACUUCCAAAUAUGGGAUUUUCCUGGGCAAAUGGAUUUUUUUGACCCAACAUUUGAUUACGAGAUGAUCUUCAGAGGAACUGGAGCCCUUAUCUACGUUAUCGACGCACAGGAUGACUAUAUGGAAGCUUUAACUAGACUCCACAUUACGGUCUCAAAAGCAUACAAAAUCAACCCAGACAUGAACUUUGAGGUUUUUAUUCAUAAAGUAGAUGGCUUGUCAGAUGACCAUAAAAUAGAAACUCAAAGAGAUAUUCAUCAGAGAGCUAAUGAUGACCUUGGUGAUGCUGGACUAGAAAAACUUCAUCUUAGUUUUUAUUUGACUAGCAUCUACGAUCAUUCAAUAUUUGAAGCCUUCAGUAAGGUGGUGCAGAAGCUUAUACCCCAGUUGCCAACUCUGGAAAACCUGCUAAAUAUCUUUAUAUCGAAUUCAGGGAUCGAGAAAGCUUUCCUCUUUGAUGUCGUCAGCAAGAUUUAUAUAGCCACUGACAGCUCCCCCGUGGACAUGCAGUCGUAUGAACUCUGCUGCGACAUGAUUGAUGUCGUCAUUGAUGUUUCUUGUAUAUAUGGGCUAAAAGAGGACGGCAGCGGAAGCGCUUACGACAAGGAGUCCAUGGCAAUUAUCAAACUAAAUAACACGACUGUUCUGUAUUUGAAAGAAGUGACCAAGUUUCUGGCCUUGGUGUGCAUCCUCCGAGAGGAAAGCUUUGAACGUAAAGGUUUAAUAGACUACAAUUUCCACUGCUUCCGCAAGGCCAUCCAUGAGGUCUUUGAAGUGGGUGUUUCCUCCCAUCGCUUCUGCAACCAUCAAGCAAAUAUGUCCAGUCUAAAAGCAGUGACUCAUAACGGCACCCCUAGAAACGCAGUCUAGGGGAGACCAAACCUUGGACGGCCAAGUGCUCGCCCGCCCCUGGUGUGUUUGUAUAGGGGGUGAGUGGCCAAGAGGGACUGGCUGCAUACGUUUCUGUGUGCAUUCUGAACGAGAAGAGAAACCCUUGCCUUUUGGAGCUGGGUGUGGUACAAGCAGAAGGCUGCUAAGCCCUCAGGACUGGGAGCGGCAGCUUCUGUCUUCCAUGUGGUGGCUCUUGGGAGUAAAAAGUCUCCUUCACCUGAACCAUCUCCCUUGAUAGAGCAUGGAAUAUUCCAGAGCUGAGCUGAACUGACACAUGCUCAGGAUCCUUGUAUGUUUAAACCUAAGUAGUGUUAGACCAUUUGCCUUUCCAAAAAGAAAAAGAAAAGAAAAAGAAAAAAAAGUUUGGGACUUCAUAAAGUUCAGAAGCUGAAACAUUACACCUCAUGGCUUAGUUUAGCACAGUUUGAAACAUUCCACCUGGUUCUUUUUGUUUAAUCAUAUUUUGCUGUAACAUCUUAAAAAAUAAUAAUAUUUUGCUGUAACAUCUUAAAAAAUAAUAAUUCCUUGUUCCGUGAACUUGAAAUUGCCAUGCCAUGCCAUGCCAAGUUGUGCCAGCCCUCCUCGGUUUAAGUCCAACAGAACCCAUAGAGCAACAGGGCUGAGAAGCCUGCACAUCUUUUAUAAUUUGCUCUUUGUUUGAGAUUAUGAUAAAGACAAGAAUCAGUCAUCUUAGUUCUGUUGCUUAGAAUGGGGUUAGAAUGUUUGUCUUGGAUUCUAAAGGUUGGUGAUGAGCUGGUGAAUGUAGCUGGCAACAAUUCCUCUUCCUGUUCCUGAAGCUGCUUCUUUACUAAAACAACUUGCAUUUUCCUCAGUCCUGAUUGACUUCUCUGGACUUUCCUCAGUCAUGAUUGACUUCUCUGGACUUUCGGUACUUGUUGUAUUUUUGGUUUUGAAGGCACACGUCGUACAAAUUUAAGGGUGAAGUUCUGCUAGGCAGCUUCCACCAAGCAUAGACCAGCCUGGCUGGUCACCAGUUGGUCACCAGUUGGUCACCAGACCAACAUCAGUUGGUCACCAGACAAGAAAAAAUACUCCCCCCUCUUCCCCCACCCAAUGGUUGGCAAGUUCCAAAAACUUUCCCUUAAUUCCUUGAUGCCAGCUUUCCUAGAAUGACAACUUGCAUCUGAGUACAUGAACUAUCUCUGUGACCUUGAUUUGUAAAGAGGUUGUUGGUCCUUUUUCCUGUGGUUCAUAAUGUUUCUCUGUUCCAAGGUCUCAGGACAGAUGUCUGUGUGAAGAUGGUGCAGUCUGGGGUUUGAGAAACCUAAUUUGGAAGGGAAGGCACUUUCAUGUGAUUCAUGCUCCCUUUGGGGUGCAUCAACAGAGUGCAUUUCCUUCCAGUUGGUCUUUUCUGAAUGUUCACCAGUUUCUGUUUCCGACUAGGGGCAGAGAGUUUCAAGAUUCAUUAUUCCUGGGAAAGGUUUUAGUUGCAGAGGCUGCUAAUUGUAACAGGUGCUCUUUCUAACUUCCAGCUGUUCCUGGCAUUCAAACCUUAUGAUAGUUGGUCAUGUGCAAUUUAACAGUAUUGUGUGUGCCAUUUUUAUUUAUUUUUAAAGAAUUUUGAGCCUGCCUUCUUCUAAAACCAGGCUCAUCUUUGGCCCAACUGCACAUUUUAAUGAAUGAGCUUUUUGUUGGAAGUACAAUGUGUGGCUUUCUUUUGAUUGUUCUGAUCCUCAGGUCUGUAGCACGGGAUGUAACGUGGAGUCUUUAUUCAAGCAACUGCAGGAACAGGGCAAUGUAUGAUCAAGAGGAAGUGGGGGUGGGAUGUAUUUGGCACCCUGAGCACCGAACCCCCCUUUAGAAUUGCCUUGCUGUGUUAGACCCUCAUUCAUCUAGUCCAGUGGUAUUCAACCCAGGAGUCUGCUGGGUCAUGAGCCUAUAUACAGCUGCCCUUUUUUGACAUUUUUGGGAGGCUUACUUCUAUACUCAUAUGUAGUGCGUGAAGUCAGUCAACGAUGGAAGAAACUGCUUUUCAGCAUGGGCAGGCAUUUUGGUUCCUCAUUCUGUUUCCUCAUUCUGACUAGCUGCUGCCUGUUCAGUGGAUAGCACACAAAUGCCUGUGGAUGAAAUUUCUGGGAAAAUUGGAGAUCGUUGCUUUAGUCCACCAGUCUGGAAAGCACGGAAGGUGGGAAGUAUACCCUGGCAUCCGUUCACAGCAUUUGUACUUGAAGGCAAGCUCACAGCUGAGAAGAGCAAGCUACCAAUGGAAUCUGAGAGAAAAUGCUGGCGUGAACGUUGUACACAGAGCAAAGAUACGAACAGAGAAACCUGAAGAGAGUUGGGGGCAAGGAGAUGCUAACACUCAAAAGUCCGUAUGCAAGUGCUCACAUUUUUGUAAAUAAAUAAGUUAAACACG